AUGUUCAAUCAAGAGAAACUCAUGCAUUACCAAGUAGAACAACCAUCAUGGAGCUACUACAUGACAAGAGUAAGAACUAGAACAACGGAAGAAGAUCAAAUGGAGAGAAUCAUGAGAUUAGCUACACAAAGUGCUGUUGUGAUAUUCAGCAUUAGUAGUACUAGUUGUAUGUGUCAUGCAAUGAAGAGUUUGUUUAGUGGAAUGGGAGUGAAUGCAAUGGUUCAUGAACUUGAUCAAGAUACAAAACCAUUCAUGAGGUUACUUGGAAAUUCAACAUCACUGCCUGUUGUUUUCAUUGGUGGGAAACUAGUUGGUUCAAUGGAUACAGUUUUGGCUUUUCAUAUCAAUGGUUCUCUUGUUCCUCUUCUCAAACAUGCUGGUGCUUUAUGGCUUUAA